AUGGCGUCCACAUCAUCAGAGCAAGAUUUAAAUCCAGUCAUAUCAGGUUCAUUGGAUUCAGAUUCAUCUUACAUUGAUAGCGACGACGACAAUGAUAUUGACUUCUGCACAUCCGCUCGUUUUGUAUCGAAUCUAACAGACCACGCUCGAAGUUUAAGUGAAUCAAUCAAUGAUGUAUUGGACCUGGUGGAACUUGACAAAGUCAUGGCAAUCCAGGCACAGCUCAGUGGCAGGUUGAACAAUCAAAACCAAGAGCUUUAUGUUAAGAAGAUGGAAUUAAUUUCAAGGAUAAACUGUUUGAAAGACUUACAUGACGCUCACUUCAAAGCGCAACCUGGAAACACCACAAGUCGCGUUAAGAAGCUCUUAAAUGACAUUGGAUCAUUGGAAAUCAUGGUGAAUGAAUUAAUACAUGGACAUAAAUCAAUAUUUGGUUUACAUGUAAAAGGCAAAAUGGGUGUUGCCGAGAAGUUCCCCAUUGAGUACAACAAAGCUCGCGAUAAGGUGUUAGAGCGACAAUUGAAUGAUUGA